AUGAUUUUUGAGAUUGAUGGAGUUUGUCUCGAGAACUGUAGAAUGGAUAGGAAAGCAUUUUUUAAGUUAUGUAAUUUACUAGAAAGUCGUAGGGGGUUAGUUUCAACUAGACAUACCAGUAUAGAGGAAAUAGUAGGUAGUUUCCUUCACAUCCUUGUGCACCAUGUGAAGUACAGGGUUAUGAAAAGACAAAUAUCUAGAUCAGGUGAGACACUUUCACGAAAGUUUCACAUUGUGUUGAAAUUGCAUUCCAUUUUACUUAAGAAAUCGGAGCCAAUACCGGAGAAUUCAACUGAUGAAUGCUGGAGAUGGUUCAAGAACUGUUUGGGUGCACUGGAUGGAACAUACAUCAGGGUUCACGUCGACGCCAGUGAUAAACCUAGGUAUCGAACACGAAAGGGUGAAAUUGCAACGAAUGUGCUUGGUGUUUGCUCACCUGACAUGCAAUUUAUUUAUGUUCUCCCUAGGUGGGAAGGUUCAGCUAUAGAUGGUAGAGUGCUAAGGGAUGCCAUUAGUAGGAGAAAUGACUUAAAGGUCCCUCAAGGGUGUUAUUACUUAUGUGAUUCUGGAUACACCAAUGGAGAAGGGUUCUUGGCCCCAUACAGGGGGCAACGAUACCAUUUGAAUGAUUGGAGGAGUGAAAUGACAAUAUAUCCAAUUGAGAGUGAAGUUGGUGAAGUUUCCAAUACCCAUGAUGAUGAUGAUGAUGAUGUUGAUGGUGACGUAAUAUGGGACGUUAAGACGACAACAUUAGCCUUUCUAGCAAAAACUAUCCUGUAUAUGCCAUAUGCAACUAAUUCACAGAACAAAUGUCAAGAAUAA